AUGCCUGAACCACCUCAGUUGGCUCCUUUCGAAGUGAAGGAGCAGCGACUCUACUCUACUUUCCUUCCCACUGUCGCCAAAAUUCCUAAACUCCCCCACUUAAAGCAGGAACAUGUCCCUGGCACAGAGUGGGCACUCCAACCUUUUCUGGCUGAGGCCAUGGCCUCAGAUUUGGAAGUGCUGAUUCCCACCACUUCACACUCGGCUGCCAACCAUUCCAGUUUUAUAAUAUCUGAUCUUCGUGCCGAAAUGAAUAUAACAUAUAUAACUUUUGGUGGUCAUGUGGAAGUGGAGAAAUAUAGAUAUAUUUAUUUUGUAAUUAUGUUUAUGGUAUAUGUUCUAAUAAUUUGCAGCAAUUGCACUAUUGUGUGGCUUAUCAUAACUCACAAAAGCCUCCAUGAGCCUAUGUACAUUUUCAUUGCUGCUUUGUUAGUGAACUCUGUUCUUUUGAGCACUGUGAUCUACCCGAAGCUUUUGAUUGACUUCUUAUCUGAAAAACAGAUUAUUUUGUAUCACGCCUGUCUUUUUCAAGUAUUCAUGUUUUAUGUUCUAAGCAGUUCAGAAUUCUUACUGCUGUCAGCCAUGGCUUAUGACAGAUAUGUGUCUAUAUGUAAACCUCUGCAAUAUCCAACUAUCAUGAGAAGAACAACAGUCAGUAUUUUCCUGCUUUUGUCCUGGUUUUUACCUGCUAUUCAGAUUGUAGUGCCAGUACUAAGAAAUUCAAUUACACCACUCUGUAACUUUACUUUGAAAGGUAUAUUUUGUAACAAUUCGGUCAACCAUCUUUAUUGUGUAACUUCAAAAGCACUAUCUAUAUAUGGUAUGGUCGUUCUAUUUAAUGGUGCACUUUUCCCCAUGCUUUUUAUACUUUUUACAUACAUAAAGAUAAUUAUAGUUGCCUGUCAGAGUUGUGGAAAUGUCAGAAAAAAAGCUGCACAAACCUGUUUGCCUCACGUGCUAGUUCUAAUCAACUAUUCUUGUUUGGUUACUUAUGAUAUGGUUAUAGUUAGACUGGAAUCAGAGUUUCCUAAAACUGCACGUUUUAUAAUGACAUUGCAGUUUGUAACAUAUAACCCUCUCUGCAAUCCAAUAAUAUAUGGACUAAAAAUGAAAGAAAUCUCUAAAAACCUCAAAAGGUUGUUCUCUUGA